GAAGAAGAAUCUCAGUCAAAGCAGUCAAAGUUUUACUAAUCAAACAAACACCAAAAGAAGGGAAAGCAUCAAAAAUCAAGAAUAAUAGAAGUAUACAAACACUUCCUACUACUUAAACACCCAUGUAUUCAUAAUUUCAUACAGACCUCUUUGAAUGGGAAAGAAACAGAGAGAAAGAGAAGGAAAGAAAUAAAGAGAAAGAAGCCAUGAAAGCUUCCUGUUUAUUGGCUUGAAUUUUUGGUCUCUCUCUCUCUCUUUUGUUUUAUAUUUUUUUUAACUCUCUUUCCUUUCUCUCCCUUUCUGCCCAUUAAACUAUGGAAAUGGCAGAUUCCCAAUCAUCCUUUCCCCUCUAUAGGAAACACCCAUCAUUGCCCCCAACCAUCCUUUUCACCAUGGAAACUUGAGCUUUUAAGCCAUUCCCUUCUUCCAUUCCUGCUUUCUUCUCCUCGUUCUUCUUCUUCUUCCACUCCUCCUUGGAAGCUUGUGAGUUCCUUUCAAUUUAAAUAUCAUCCCUUUAUCACCUUUUCUCCUGCACCAUCUUUCUUUAACCUUCUUCUUGCAAUGGAUCCUUCAUCCACCACCUCUGUCAAUGGCUUCUACACAUUUCUCACUCGUGGGAUCGACGAUCUCGAGCGGUCCUUCCUAGCCAACAACUUCAUGUCCAUUCAAUUCCUUCAAAGGGCUCUCUCACUGCUUCGAUCCUUCCAUUCCCAGUUAACCAUUUUGGUCCAAAAGCUCCAUCUACCAGUUGGGGAGAAGUGGCUGGACGAAUACAUGGACGAGACAUCAAGACUUUGGGAAGCCUGUCACGUCCUCAAGUCUGGCAUUUCCGGCAUGGAGAAUUACUAUCUAGCCGGGGCAGAGAUCGCCACCUCCCUCGACGGCCAUCGCAACCCGAGCCCACAGCUCUCUCGACAGAUCAUUCGGGCAAUCUCCGGUUGCCGCAGAGAAGUCGUGGGAUUAGAAGAGGAGAACAGGGCCUUGAUGGAGACCAGAAUCCAGCCUCUGUCACUUAGGUUCGACGAGAAGGUCUCCAUAGAAUCCAAGCUCAAUGGAUUCAAUGGUUUUAGAGGUGUUCUGUAUGCAAUGAGGAACGUCAGCUCACUUUUGCUGAUGAUCUUGCUCUGCGGAUUGGUUUACUGCUGGCCCGAAUCAAGCUUUCGCCGAGGAGGAUAUGAAGGGUGCCUGUUCUUCGGGUCUGCUUUCAUGGUUUCCACUGCAAGAUUGCAGCAGAGAGUAGCAGCAGAGAUGAACAGGAUGGAUGGCCGUCCAGGAAUUCUGCUCAACGAGUUCCGAAGGGCCAAGAUGGCAAUGGAAGAGCUGAAAGCAGAAUUGGAGAGGACUGGUCAGGGACCGGUGGAGAGUGAAUCAGAGGUUGGGAUUAGAGAGAGAGUGGAGAAUUUAAAGGGGUGUUUUGGGUUGUUGAGAUCUGGAAUAGAGAGCAUAAUUGGACAACUUGAUGAUUUCUUUGAUGAGAUUGUUGAAGGAAGAAAGAAGCUUUCAGACAUUUGUAGUCACAGGUAGAGAUGGAAGAUUAAAUAGAAGGGGAAGAAUCAGUUGUUGGGGUGAUUGAUCUAUUACCUUUUCUUUCUCUCUUUCUUUCUUCAUUUUUUCUGUUUUUUUUUUCCUUUUUUUUAUCUCUUUUGUUUUGCAGCAGGAUUUUGAAGAAAGCUUUUCAUGAAGAACUCAGAAAAAGGAAAAAUUUUGAAAAGAAAAAUAAUAUGAAAAUGUCAUAUGGCUUCCAGGGAAGGAAACAUCACUGUCGAAGAAGAACAAGGAAGAAUAUAUUUGAUAAAAGCUUCAAUGGAAA